GGCUGAAAGCGACGGGGGCAGAGAGCCGUCAACGGGGCCAGGAAAAGAGAAGGUUUGGGGAACAGGAAUGGGACGUGAGAAAAGAAAAUUCAUUCCAGAUAUAAAAUAGUUUCCCCUUCCACCUGCCCACUACCCCCUUGGCAAUAACAAGGUGUCUGCUUUCAGGUUCUACAGUGCUCCAGACAGCAAGUGCUGAAUCAGGAUGGGAAAAAGACGCUGUGUUCCUCCACUUGAGCCCAAGUUGGCAGCAGGCUGUUGUGGGGUAAAGAAACCCAAAUUGUCUGGAAGUGGAACACACAGCCACGGGAAUCAAGCCACAACUGUGCCAGUCUCUAGUUCAGGUCCUCUUCAGAACCACCAGCAUGCAGAUGGGGGCAAUGGAAGGGAAAACGUUUCAGAUUUGACUUUGUGCCCUGGAAACUCUCCAAUUACUCGAAUGAAUCCCACUUCAGGAGCUUUGAGCCCACUCGCCCGGCCUAAUGGAACUGCCAACAGCACCAAGAACCUAGUGGUGACAGCGGAGAUGUGCUGCUACUGCUUUGAUGUACUCUACUGUCAUCUUUAUGGUUUCCCUCAGCCACGACUUCCUCGGUUUACCAAUGACCCCUAUCCUCUGUUUGUGACGUGGAAGACAGGGCGAGACAAGCGACUUCGGGGCUGCAUUGGAACUUUCUCUGCCAUGAAUCUUCACUCAGGACUCAGGGAAUACACAUUAACCAGUGCACUUAAGGACAGCAGAUUUCCACCCCUGACCCGUGAGGAGCUGCCUAAACUUUUCUGCUCUGUCUCCCUCCUCACUAAUUUUGAGGAUGCCACUGACUACUUGGACUGGGAGGUGGGAAUCCAUGGAAUCAGAAUUGAGUUCAUCAAUGAGAAAGGUGUCAAACGCACAGCCACAUACUUACCUGAGGUUGCUAAGGAACAAGAUUGGGAUCAGAUUCAGACAAUAGACUCCCUACUCAGGAAAGGUGGUUUCAAAGCUCCAAUUACCAAUGACUUUAGAAAAACUAUUAAACUCACCAGGUAUCGCAGUGAGAAGGUGACAAUCAGUUAUGCAGAAUACAUGGCUUCUCGUCAGCAUUGUUUCCAGAAUGGCACUCUUCAUGCCCCGCCCCUCUACAAUCAUUACUCCUGACACAAGGCUGCAUGACCAGUCCCGCCCCCCAGCUGCCACUAACAGCUAUGACAUCAUUGGAGCAGAUGCCUCCUCUUCCUGGUCCAGUUACUUCUAUUACUGCACCAUUUUAUGAUGCUAGCUUCCGUUGCCAAGUCUGCCUUCCAGCUGACUGAGGGGUUGAGGGAUACUGGUGAGCGCAACUGAACUCCAGGGUGCACAAGUCUUACCUCUUCCUUGCUUCAGAAUGAAGGUUCAGUUGGGUUGAGGCUCCAAGUCUAGCAGUUGCAGUUAGGUAGAAAGAAUCUUGAGGAAUGGCAGUACCACUUCAGAUUGCUCUGUUGUUAAAUUGCACUGUGUUUAUUUGAAUUGUUUAUUACGACAGCCCCCCUUGGAUCAAGUUGGAGAGUUCUCCUGGCAGUCUGGGCAACGGAGUCCAACAACAGAUUUUUAGGUUAUUUUUAUUUUUUUUUAACCUCUGAUAUUUACCUACCAUGAGCUGAUUAGUCCUAACACAUCCCAGGCAAGCAGAUCACAUGACAUGUUGCAAGGAGGGAAUGUCUGCAGGGAUUCCUCCUCCUCCUUGCAGAAGAUGGCAGUCGCUCGAGAUUUUGAAGGGGAAAAACAGUUUACUGCAGAUAAAAUAAUUGCAUAUACAUAUUCUAGAGAUUUCGGU